AUGGACCCCCGCACCAGCGCCCAAGAGCUUCUUCUUUGUGACCUCUGUCAAACAGCUGCAUUACAGAGUCACUGUGAACUUUGUCAGAUAAACCUGUGUAAGGCCUGUGUAGGGGACCAUCUCUCUGAUUCAUCAAAAAGACACAAUGUAGUGCCAUACAAACAUAGAACUUUUUCCGAUUUCCCAAAAUGCCAAAAUCAUUCCAAGAAACAAUGUGAACUUUACUGUAAGAAAUGUGACAUUCCAGUCUGUACUACUUGCAUCUCUUCAGGGAAACAUACAGGACAUGAUUUAUUAGAUAUGCGAAAAUUCAUUAGUUCUAAAACGGAGGAAUUAGGAAGAGACUUGACGGAAUUGGAGAAAGAAUUCAAUCCUGUAUAUGAAAAAAUAGCAUCAGAUUUGAAAACUGAAAAAGCACACGUGGUGGGACAUUUCGAAAAGCUGACAACAACAAUCACACAACAAGGGGAAGACUGGCACAGAGAAAUUAACAUCAUUGUCAACAAAAGAAAAUCUGAAAUCGGUGAGAUGAAAGAAAAGUACUUGGCUUCGCUAAAUGAAGAAGAAGAAAAAAUUAUGGAGAUAACUUCUGACCUGAAUGAAAGUAUUCUUGAGAUGAAAAAAAUUCUGGACGCCAAUGAUGUCUCCCGAACCUCUGCAUACAAAUCCAGGAAUGAUGAAUUCAGAAGUUUACCUCCUAAAAUUAAUAUAUCAUUACCCAGUUUCUUCCCUCAUCAGAUCAACAGAGAACAGCUCUAUCAAAGUUUUUGUUCUGUGUCUGCAUUACCCAUUACAUCAGUCCCACGUGGUUACAUAUUGAAGACAAAAGAAGCUGUAUCCUGUCCUUCACCCAAACCAAUGCUUGAUGAACCAGAGAUCAUCACAACAAUAGACACUAGAUAUAAUCCACUAUUCAGUGUUACCUGUCUCAGUGAUGAAGAAAUCUGGACGUGUUGGAAUACAGAUAUCAUUAAUUCCUAUAAUAAAGAGGGCAAAGUACUAAAGUUAGUGCAAACCAGUAUGAGAAUAGGGGACAUAGCUGUGACAAAUAGUGGAGAUCUAGUUUAUACUAAUGAUAUAACAAGAACUGUAAACAUUGUGAAGAAUAGCCAGAUACAAGAAUUAAUCAGACUACAGGAGUGGAUACCAUACUAUGUCUGCGUCACCUCAACUGCUGACCUUCUGGUUACCAUGCUAAGUAAUGAAAAACGAUCCAUAGUGGAUAAACAAUCGAGAGUUGUCCGUUAUUCUGACUCCAAUAUAGAGAAACAAAGCAUUCAGUUUGACGAUAAAAAUGACCCUCUGUUUUCAUAUCAUCACCUUAAAAACAUUAGUGAGAACCGAAAUCAGGAUAUUUGCGUGGCGGACUACAAAGCCAAAUCAGUGGUUGUUGUCAAUAAGGCAGGAACACUGCGAUUUAGGUACAACGGUCAUCCAUAUAAUCAGAGUGGACCAUUUAAACCACAAAGCAUCACAACAGACAGCCAGAGUCAGAUCCUGAUAAUAAACAAUAACGACAAUUGUAUCCACAUCCUAGAUCAAGACGGACAGUUCCUCCGUUACAUUGAUAACUGUGAUCUAAAGCGUCCAUGGGGUUUAUGUGUAGAUAAAAAAGACAACCUCUACGUAGCAGAAUUUCUCAGUGGUAAAGUGAAACAAAUCAAAUACAUGUGA